GGUCAUAUGUUUCGCAUUGUCACGUUCAUGUAAAAGUGGGGGAAGCUACGGCUUUCGAAUCAUCCAAACUGGACUGUCUGGACACAGUCUCAUCAGCAAUGCGAGCACCACAGUACUAAUCUGAUAUUCGUCGUGCUGGAUAUGAUGGCAUCAUCCGCGACCAUGGAGAAUAACUUUGAGUGCCCGUCCAAGAAGGACGUCUACCGAAUAUGGCAAGAGAGUGCGCCGAAGAUUAAGUUUGGUGAACACGAACUUAACAUUGAAUUGGAAGGUAUCGGCGAGUUCUUUAUGCAGAAAGCCAAGGAGGAAUUGCGAGAGACGCCGGAAAUCAUCGCUGAGAGCUGCACGCAGCUGACAGAAUUAAUUGCAGGGGAACCUGAUCUAAAAGUACCUAAUGACGAAGAAUUUUAUAAAAUGUUUUUGCGGCCAUGCAAAUAUUAUCCGAAAAGUGCUUUUUCGCUUAUGAAACGGUAUUAUCGGUUCCGCCUAAACUAUCCGCAUAUAUAUGCCGAUUUGUUGCCUAGUAAAGAGAAGACGGCAUUUUGCGCCAAUUUGAUUUAUCCAUUACCGUUUCGCGCUAAAGACGGAAGCAGAAUAUUAAUAAUAGAGGGAGGUAAACGAUGGAAUCCAAAGGAAGUGUCACUGAAUACACUCUUGAGAGGCUUGAUAAUAAUGCUGUACAUGGCUGUGGCGGAACCUAAAAAUCAGAUCUCGGGUGCGCGCGUCAUCAUAGAUGCGGAGGGUUUAUCUCUGUCUCAUGUGACGUAUAUUACUCCAAGUUUCGCCAAAAUGCUGCUUGAGUUUAUACAGAAGUGUAUGCCCAUUCGCUUUAAAAGUAUCCAUAUUGUAAAACAGUCUUUCUUUUUCAACAUGGCAUUCGCAAUUUUCAAACCAUUUCUAGAGGAGAAGAUUCGCAAAAGGAUUCAUUUUCACGGGACGAACUGGGAGAGUUUAAUGAUUUACAUAGAUCAAAAAGCAUUACUUAAGAGGCAUGGGGGCGAAUUAGAUAUGCCCGAGGGGCCAUUCGGUAUGACACUUUGGGAAAGUAUACUUUUAUGCGAAUCCUUUUUCGAAGUUGACCAACAAUACGGAUAUAAAACGGAUAAUAAUAUAAAAUAGCCAUUGUUUAUAACCGAUUGUUACGUUAUCAUCGCCAAUCAUCGUCAUUAUGAUUAUGAUUAGCAACUAUACGUGUGAAGUUGCAAUAUAUAAAUUGCUGACAUCGUUGACACCUCAUUCUUGGAAAUUACGAAUAUAAUUUGCCGUUAUUACAGCAAAUAUACGUUGUUGAUCUGAAAUUGCACGAGAAGAACACUAAGUGUCACAUUGAUGGCAUCAAUAAAAAAUAUUGCGACUUACAAAA